AAGUGGAUAUUGCUGACGAAGUUUUGUGUGAUUUUUUCGCAGAACUAGAACAGCUGAAUAAGUUUGAACGAUUUGAUCCUGAUAUUUCAUAUUGCGUUAUUUGUGGCAAAACAUUUCACGAAUCAAUCGAAUGCCAAGAAACCUCAUUACAAGACUUUGAACUUAACGCAGUCGACGAUACAAAGGAACUAGUAGAUGCAUUAAAUCAACAUACAACACGAACAUUCGAUGAUAAAUUCCAGGCUCAAUUAUUUCACGAGAAAUUAGCCAACUCAUCGGACGACAAUGAAUAUUCAGAACCACUAUUAUCAGCAGGUUUCAUGGUACACUUUUUAAUAUAUGGAAGUGGUGAUUCUGAUCUCUCUUCAAAUUCGAUAGAAUAUUCGAUUCUUUUAUUUUCUUUGGACUCGGUUAUGGGCGACUUUUUCCAAAGUGAACUUGAAAGGGGCAGCAUUCUUGAUUUUG